CUCAGAGAAGGGAACGCGGCGCUGCCCGGGCCGUGGGCUCCGAGGCCCAGGGAGAAGCGGGAAGAGCAGGUUGAGGGCGAGGCGCCGGGCGCGGCCGGUCUGAGAGGCCCGAAACCCGGCCCGCGAGAGGCGCCGCCUCGGCUCGGCCUGCCCGGGGGCGGCGGGCCCGGGCCUAGUCGGGCUCCUUCCCUCCUCACACAAUGGCCGAGGCAUGCGGGCCGGGCCUGUACCUGCUCCAAAAGGCUGCUGGCCGACAUGGCUCUCGGAUCCUUGUGGGCGGCGAAGGCGGCGAACUCUCCUCAGCGCGGCGGCGGCGGCAGAUGAGCCCCGGCUGCGGGAGCAGGCGGCGGCUUUUGUCCCUGACACUCGGGGGCCUCGGCGGACGCAGCGGAGACACAGCGCGCGGCUCAGGCUCCGGCUCCGACUCGGCGACGCUCUAGCCCAAGAGCUCAACGCCCGUCUCUAUGUUUUCACGCGCGCGCCCGCCCCUCACAGCCGAAAGCAGGGAGCCGAACAGCGGAGGCGGGCGGCGCGAGCGCUGACUCUCACAUUCACUCACCCACGCGGAAGGGGCCCGGCGCGAAGCACCUCGGGAAGGGAGAGGCCGGCCGCGGCGCCCUCUGGCGGACUGGAGGAGCGGAAGCUGCACGCACGGCCUCCCCGCCCCCACCGCCCCAGGAUUAAGGCCUAGGGGGUUGGGGGCGAUCAGGCUUGAACACGAGGUUUUGACUCACACCUGUAAAGAGUAGCUUUGGCUUCCGAAAACGACAAAAGCCGGUUUCUCAGUGAGGGAGGGGCCUCCGGAGCCUGCGAGACCUUAAAAGGAACCUGCCACCCAGCUGCAAGUGAUACCCCACCCCCAUCUGGGAGCAUUGCAGGAAGGAGAAUCUACAAUUUCUUUUCGGGGAAUUCGCUGGCCUCCAAGAUAAUCUGUUAAACUGUGGACUUUAUUUCCAAGAAAAAUACACCUCACGCAUCUACACAAAACUUUCAAGGAGUCCAGAGAAUGUAUGAAUCUAAAGGACCUCAAGAGGGAAGAAAGGAAAUUAACAUUACUGAAAUACCUGCUGUGGGCCAGGCUUUGUUGUUAGGUAUUUUCAAACACAUUAAAGUCUUUAGACAACUUCAAAA